AUGUCGACUUAUUGUCAAAAGGGGAAAAUACAAACUAGGCUAUUUUUCUGUUUCUACUCUUGAAUUAUUCUGUUUUGUCAAAAUAACAUCUUCCAUAAAUUAGUGGAAAAUGCCACAUCUUUUCUCAAACUCUGCUAUUGACGUGCUAAGCAUAUUUGAAAAAAUCUUAGCAUUUUUUCAGGAUGUUGGUGCAUUCGAUGCGUUUUUGUUCGACCACUCAAGUAUCAAAUAUGAUCCCAAGCUGGAUAUUUAUCUUGGAAGAUUUGUUUCUCUCCUGGAAGAAAUCAAGGUGAUCUCAGAUACAUUGAAAACUACCGACCACUUUAGAACAUUAACAAGUCAUGCUGAAUUCACCGCCUGUGAUAAUUUGGAGAAUUUCAACAAGAUAACCACAAGCAGUAGCAAUGAUUUGAGAGACCUUCUACCAACGGCUGAUCAACUACCAAGCUCCGGUCAACUGCUACCCGCUGGCCAACUACCAAGCUCCAGUCAACUUCUACCCGCUGAUCAACUCCCAAACUCGGGUCAACUACUACGGGCCAGUCAGCUCCCAAGUUCCGGUCGAUUGCUACCCGCUGAACAACUCCCAAACUCCGGCCAACUCCGCCCAGCUGAUCAGCUUCCAAAUUCCGGUCAGCAGUUGAUCAGCAAUCAUAUAGAUAACAGAAGAUCUGAGAAUAUCAUCACCUUCGAAGAUUCUCUCAUAACAGUCGCGGAAAGUGAGCCCUUCGUUACUACUUCGAGAAUCGAUAAAAAAGAGUCGAGAGUGAGCAAUAAUGUUGAUGGUUAUGAACCUUCACUCACCCCUGGAGAACAGCUGAUUUCGUCGGCUAUCGACGGAUUGGUCCAGGAAGUGGCUAGUCACGACGACAACGAUGAUGGGUUGAACAAUGACGAAAUAAACUUUAGGCCAAUCGAAGAACAAGAAGAAACUGCUUUGAAAAAUAUCGGGUCCAAUGAUCAGUGGAGUGGGGACAAUAGUCAGGGAUUGAAAAGUGGUGAUGCGGAUAAGACGACUCAAGCCAAUGAGAAAGGAAGUUUUACGUGUGCUCACUGCGGAAAAGUAUUAUCUAGUCGUACCAGCCUACUGAAGCACAUUAAUAUACAUUCUGGUAUAAAACCUUAUUGUUGUGAACAUUGUGGAAAACUGUUUACAACGAACACAAACCUAUCUGCUCAUCUCACUCGGCAACACAAUCUCAACACAGAAUCGGCUAAAUCGUGCUCCGUUUGUGGUAAACUGUUUGUGCGAAUGUCUGCUCUGAAGCUGCAUCUGUCAGUGCACCGAGGUUUCAAGCCUUUCAAGUGCUCUAUCUGUGAUAAGGCCUUUGCUCAGAAGGUCACCCGUGAUACUCAUUUCCUCACUCAUACAAGAAACUACUCGUACCCGUGCAAAGUGUGCCCGAAACGGUUUCCGACGAAAUACAAGUUGUCGUUCCACAUGAAGACGCACGGCCAGCCGCAGUUGGCUUGCGCGGUUUGCGACAAGAGGUUCGCGACGCGGCAAUACCUGAAGGCGCACUACCAGUCGCACAACUUGCAGCGUAGUGACGCGGCGCCGCCGCCCUGUCGUCUCGACACUUCCACGCCGCAAGUGAUAGAAGCGCCGCCGAUAUCCUGUCCGCAGUGCGACCUGACGUUUAGAUCGCAGCGGGCCCUCACGCGCCACACCCGCGCCAAGCACGAGCAUCUCAUCCAAUGGUACUACUGCAAGCAGCCCGACUGUCCCCGCCCCACCAAGGCCUUCCCCACCAAGUACCAGCUCACCAAGCACAACGACAGGCAUCACAGCCAACACACCAAAAAAUUCGUGUGCAAGACUUGCGGCAAGAGUUUCGUGGAAAAGAAUUCGUUGAUGAGACAUCAACGACAGAAUCAUAUGGUGGGGUUAUCUCUGCAAGAAUUGAAACCAUAUUCCUGUCACGUCUGCUCCAAACGUUUCUUCACCAAAUCCAAAAUGACUGUGCACAUGAGCACACAUGCAGAGAAUCCUCAGUUCAGAUGUGAACUAUGUACUAAAUCGUUCUACCGGAAAGACUCGCUGAAAAAGCACUUCAAAGAAAGACAUUCCACAGCUACCACAUCUUCAGAACCCAGCCAGGCUCAAUUCUCGUGCUCUCAAUGCGGAAAGAAUUUCAAAAGUCAAUCAGCUUUAGUCUUUCAUCUGCAGACUCACAAUGGAGAUUUCAAGUUCCAGUGCGAGAACUGCAACAAAUGUUUCGUGCGCAAGUGUCACUUUGAGUCGCACAUGCGCUCGCACUCGGAGAGCCGACCCUACAAGUGUUCGACGUGCGGCCGCGGCUUCAAGGAGAAGAAGCACUGGAAGGUGCACCUGAGGCGGGUGCACACCAACGAGAUCACCAUGCAGUCGCUGCUCGACUCCAUCACAAGUGAGGCGGCCCUCUGCACCGACAACACCGACAUGAUGCACCACCCUGUGCUGCAGGCCAACGACUGUCUCGCCAUCUCUCAGUCCUACAUCAUCAACGCUGGCAUCGAGUUGCAACAUAUGUAGCCAAAAUAUCAGAGAAGUAGAAUAAUGAGGAACUAGUUUCUGUUGUUGAACCAUUUUCAAUCUGUCAUGUUGCCUGCAUUGCACUUGUCGCAGACUAACGAUUUUUUCAACUUCAUUGCUAUUUCGUAGUCGUACAUGAUCAACGGUGGUAUCGAGUUGCACAUUUCAAAGGAAAAUGAGUAGCCAACAUAUCAGAGAAGGAAAAUAAUUACUGUGGAUCUUGGUUAUAAGGUCAUUUAAGGGACCACACAUUUUAUGAAGCUAUAUCAGAGUAACACUGUAAAAGAGGUUUCAAAAUCUUAAUUCAAAACCGAGAAAAAUUGAAAACAUAAUGGAAAGAAACAUUGAAGAGUAAAAUAAUAUCCGAUUUAAAGCCCCAGAUACAUUAUCAGAAUCUCUUGAAACAUCCAGUUAUUUUUUGUUCUAUGUACUUUGAGAAUUUUUUGCUUGGCCAUUUGAUUGUGCAUGAUAAAACACCACUUUAUUCAAUAAACUGCUAAUCUACAGUACAUGGUUCGGCAUAGCGCCGUAGUUAAACUACUACAUCUACACACAGACAUAACAAAAACAUCCAAAACUACAAUAUAAUAGUUCAAAAUAUGUGUAUUUAUUCAAAACAAACCAAACAACGAAUAGAACAGCAACUGCAACUAAAAAAUGUCUCAAAGAUUCAAAGUUCUUUACUAUAACUGAUAGGAGAGGAUCUGAAAAUGAGAGGAGAUACUGAAUAUGUCCGAAAAGUGGAUUAAGUCAUCAGUGGAUUGCAACAGAAAGAUUUCUGAUCAAUUUUAUAGGAAAAAAAGAAAAUUUGGUUCACUCCAAGUCAUAAUAAACAAUUGUCAAGAUCGACUUCUUGCACAAAGUUGGAAAUAAAAUAGAAAGGUGUCAGGUAAACAGA